UGCGCUGUAAUCAAAUGCAAGUAAACGGGUGAGUUGCGGUUUUUCUGGAUAAAAACAAAAAUAACGUUUACAUUUGUCUAUGGGAAACACCGCUAGAUACCUGUAAUUUGAUUGUUUUGCACGUUUGGAGGAGGAUUUAGAGAAGAGGAUGGUUCACUCUUGCUGUGUGGUCGAUUGUACGGCUCGUUGGGGGCCUGAUAAAAAGUUUUUUCGAAUUUCCUCCGAAAAGGAUCGCGAAAAACGAAAGAAAUGGUUGCGUGCAAUUAGGCGAUUGAACCUGGACGCUCCGAAGAAAGCCUGGAUUCCUGCAGCUUCUGAUCGAGUUUGUGAGGCUCAUUUUGUUCAUGAGAGACACCAUCUUCACUAUGUGUACACCGCUUACCAGCCUGAAUCUCUCCCUGGUCCUGUGUUCAGUGCUGUGGGUCUGCUUAAUGACAGAAGGAUCUCUCGCUACAGUAAUAAAGAACAAGAGUGGAAAAGAGAGAGUGCACUCCCAGAUUUCUGGAGAGAUGCUCCCAGAGGACCACCGGAGUCUAAACACUGGUUUCUAAAUCUGAUGAAUAUUCUGUCAAACUGCACAAGCUCCAGAUGUCCUGAGCUCCAUGUACUACAGAGGAGAUUUGGCUGUGAGGUGGAGAGACAUCCUGAUGGAACAGUGAAGACACUGAAGGUCUUUGAUGAGUAUCAGUAUGAUGGAGAGGAUUUCAUUGCCUUUAAUUUUGACACCAUGCAGUGGACUGAUAAAAGUCCUCAAGCCAAAGCAACUAAAAUGAGGUGGGAUGGUCAAAAAGUACGGAAUCAGGACCUCAAAACAUACCUCAAGAUCUGCAUGGACUGGAUAUCCACAUUGAGUUCUUCAAUAAAGAUUUAUCCGGAUAUUAACAUGUUUGCGUUUGAAGCUCCUUAUGACAAAAGUAAGCUGAUUCUGACCUGCAUGGCCACCGGUUUCUACCCCCGAGAUGUGAAGAUGAACGUGACAUUACUCGGUGGUCAUUCUGAACUUUCAAACUCAUCUGAAAUCAGACCAAACGAUGAUGAAACCUUUCAGCUGAGAAUCAGUGUGGAGAUCAACAGACAUGAUAAAGAUGGUUAUGAGUGUCAUGUCGUUCACAGCAGUCUGACACAGCCAGUUUCCAAAGAAUGGGAUGGAAAAUGCAACAACUGCAGUGAAGAAUCUAGAUCACGUCAUUCAAUAGCAGCAGCGGUUGCAGUUGUAUUUGUAGUUGCAGUUGUAGUUGCAGUUGUCGGUCUUGUGGUAGUUUAUAUAAGAAGACAAAGGUGAAGUGGUACAGUAAAUGGCCUUUGAAGAAACAUCACCCAAAGAAACACAUCGUAGGAGUUGACUUGAAGAAUUCGUCUGCCCUUCACCGUCAUGAUCAACUUGAGUAGAGUCGUGCACUGGUGAUACAGACAAAAGAUAGUUUUUUUGUUGCCUAUUAAUAAUCUGCUCUAUGCACUUUAAAAUAAUAUUUCAGGUUCAAUUCAAGUUAAGUUUACAAGAUUCAUAUUUCUGCCUUUUUAAACCCUUAAAAAACUGGCCCCAUUCACCUCCAUUGUAAGUGCCUCACUGUUACCCAGAUUUAGCUUUUUUUAAAAAAAGGAGGGACGAGUCGAAAUUCAUCUUAGUGGUAAUAAGCAUUAUGCCAGAGAUUCUGUCGCUUGAGCUUAACUUGUAUUGAACCCGGAAUAUUCCUUUAAUCUCUCUUUCCUAUGCACUUUCUAUGAUGUCAUUGUUUAUGCUGUAUUAUGAACUGAAGUUUUAUGCUGGUAUACAUGUGAAGUAGAGCACAUGAAAGCAAAAGAUUGUGCUGCUCACGUUAAUGGAGGCGGGCAAGAAGGGAAACGGCAUAGUUAAAGGGAGGUUUUUCUUUGCUAAAAUAACAAAUGGAAAAUGCUUCAAAUGAAAAAAGUCUUCCCCUGAUGAUUUCCAUUCUUGGUACUUGAUUACUUUUACUUCUGAAGUAAUAUGCUGUGCACAAGCUUCAGGGACAUUUCUUAAACCACACGGACACAAAAGUAUUUGUAUUAUUAAGUUUUACUUUUCCAGCAGCAUUAUUAUAUUAACAUAAUAUUACAAAUCUAUUUAUAUUUGAUGCAUAUGUCUUAAAAUAGUUUUACACUGUAUUUUUGUGAUGUAUGUUUUUACAUUGAGACCAAACACUGUUAACAUGCUUGUGUUGUUUUUUAUGUACAUCAUGAAUGUAGAUGG